AUGAGGACAGUAAUGGGCAAACAGGACAACAAGAGGUCAACACCCAAGCAUGUCACUUUCGCGACGCCACUCACUCAGAUCAUGGUUGACAAGGCAAAGUUGAUCAUCGAGGAUAGCAGCUAUAACCUCAUGGAUAACACUCUCACCACACUCCCUCUUGGACCAAGCAUAUAUUCCUGUGACCCCAUAACUCCGAAGAAAAAGCUCUUGGCAAUGCUUGAUGCUGCAACUAGUCAAUAUUCGAUCUCGUCGUCCGAUACGGAUAUAGAAGGGGUUAUGGCAAAUGCUGAUCCACAAUGCCACUAUAGUGAGACAAACUUGGAGAAGCCUAACACAGAUAGCAGCUCAGAUCCCCCAACAACCAUAGAAGUGACUGACCUGAUAAAUUCAGAAGUUGCAGGUGUUGAACCAUUAUGCCACUCCGACAGUGCAACAAAUGCUGAAGUACAGAUUGAUAGCACAGUGGAACCAGUACACAUUUUAAAGGAGGCUGCAGAUGUUGCUGAUGCGUACCUCCAGAGAUGGGCAAACAGAAGCAUGUCGCUGAUGUUUUGGGGGCACACUGAUCUACAUGGUAAUGGUGUGGAAAAUGAUCAAAAUACCAGCUCUUCUAGACUGCAAGAGCCGGUUAUCCCCCAAGUUCCUUCCAAUAUUGUGGAGAAUGAGGAUGAUUCCACUGCACCACAAGACCCAGCUGCGAUAGCUAAGGCCGUUACAAUUGAUGGGUUCAUAGCUUCAAUUACUAAAUCUAUACCAGCCCCUUUAAUCCCACAACUAACAGAAGCAAUUCCUGAUGAUGAAUCCAAUGAUCAUGAAAUGGGAAACACAUAUGAACCACCUGAGAUCCCAUCACCAUCAAGAUCCUCUGACAUUACCCCACAACGUAAAAGCAGUAGGUUAGCGAAGAAAGCCAAAACCACAGAAGGAAAAGGAGCAAUCCAAGUUAUAGAGGAGUUGCUUGUCAAAAAACUAAGAGACUUAUCGUCACCAACAACACAAGAGGAAGCUGACCAGUUGGAGUUUUAUGCACAACAUUUUGAGCGUCCACUCACCAAGGAGAAGAUGGAUACCCUCAUGGUGCUAAUUGAAGUGGGGCAACAAAAAAGCAAGGAGAAGAGGGGCAAGCUAACCAAAGUGGAACCUAGAAAUAUUCAAGAGCAGUUAGAAGUUUGA